AUGGAGGAACCAACAGAUGAUGCCAUUCGAGAGCUCAGGUGGCAGCUGGAAAGCGCAGCAAUAAAAUGUUCAGAGCGUUGUCUCUACCAAUCGGCAAAAUGGGCCGCCGAAAUGCUUGAUUCUCUCCGAGAUCUACAUCAUGAAGACACCGAUAUUGAGUCUCCGAUGGACAUCAAUGAUCUUGCGCCGCCCCCUACCAAUCCUUACCUACCUGUGCGGGACCUAGCAGAAGAUACUCUCGAAGCGCAGGAGUCCUACAAAUACCUCCUGGCCAAAUCCUACUUCGACACUCGCGAAUAUGACCGCUGUGCGGCCGUGUUCCUUCCUCCAACAACACCUCCCGUUCCUUUAUCUGUCACGUCACCCAACUCCAAAUCCAGACAACCACGGACCUCACAGAAAGGCAAGGAUAAGGCAUCUCCAUUCCAAGGCUCGAAGGCCCAAACACACCAGAAUCCCUAUCCCAAACUCAGUCAAAAGUCACUCUUUCUUGCCCUCUAUGCCAAGUAUUUAGCCGGAGAAAAGCGAAGAGAGGAGGAAACGGAGAUGGUCCUGGGCCCUGCAGACGGUGGGAUGGCGGCCAAUCGGGAAUUGCCAGGUCUAGCGCGAGGACUGGAUGGAUGGUUGAAGGAUCGAAGCGCACAAGGGCUGGAAGAUCAAGGCCAAGGAUGGUUGGAGUAUCUUUACGCUGUUGUUCUGUUGAAAGGACGCAAUGAGGAGCUAGCAAAGAAAUGGCUUCUCCGUUGUGUGCAUCAGAACCCAUACCACUGGGGCGCUUGGCAGGAAUUGAAUGAUCUCCUGGCCAGCACCGAGGAUUUGAAACAAAUACUUGGCUUGCUCCCGCAGAAUGUCAUGAGCAUCAUAUUCUACGUCUACUGCAGCCAGGAGCUGUACCAGGAUACAGAUGAGACUUACAGAGCACUGACCGAAUUGGAGUCCACGUUCCCGGAGAGCGCAUUCCUAAAAACACAGCGCGCACUACUGUGUUAUCAUUCAAGAGACUUUGAGGAAGCAUCCAAGAUAUUUGAAGGGAUUCUGGCAACAUCACCCCACCGCCUAGACAGUCUCGAUCACUAUUCAAAUAUUCUUUACGUGAUGGACCAUCGACCUCAACUUGCCUUUGUUGCUCAGGUCGCAACUGCUACAGACAAAUUCCGCCCAGAAACGUGCUGUGUUGUCGGAAAUUACUACUCAUUGAAAUCCGAGCACGAGAAGGCGGUCAUGUACUUCAGACGUGCACUUACCCUUGAUCGCAACUUCCUGUCCGCCUGGACCCUGAUGGGCCAUGAAUACAUCGAGAUGAAAAAUACGCACACCGCCAUCGAAUCAUACCGUCGCGCUGUGGACGUCAAUCGCAAGGACUACCGUGCCUGGUACGGUCUUGGACAAGCUUACGAGGUUUUGGAUAUGUCAUUUUACGCCCUGUUCUACUAUCAACGCGCUGCAGCACUACGUCCCUACGACCCAAAGAUGUGGCAGGCAGUGGGCUCUUGCUAUGCAAAAAUGGGCCGGAUGGAACAAAGUAUUCAAGCUCUCAAGCGGGCACUGGUGGCCGGAUCAUCUAACGUAGAUGAUGGCGGCAACGCUGCAAGCUCUGGGUCUGGGUCUCGAAAGAUCCUUGACCCAGAAACCCUUCACCAAAUUGCAACAUUGUACGAGCGACUUGGCGAUGAGGAUGAAGCCGCUGCUUACAUGGAACUCACCCUACAACAAGAGUCAGGUGCUCCUCCUGGCGAGGAGAAUAGCGACGAAGAUUCCUCAUCUUCAGAACAGGCUACCCAAAGCGAUGCUGAAAUCGAGCAUUCAGAAGACGAAGACGUUGAUACCCCUCGAAGACGCCACAAAAAUCGCAAGGCCCGUGCUAAGACGGAGUCAUUCGGUAUUAACAAUGAUGACUCGAUUAACAGUGAGUCGUGGCAUGGAACUGGUGUCACUGCAACCACCUCGAAAGCACGACUAUGGCUGGCACAGUUCGCAUCAAGGAAUGGCGACCUGGACCGUGCGGACCAAUUGGCGAGCGAGUUAUGUCAGGAUGGCAUCGAGGUGGAGGAGGCCAAGGCAUUGAUGAGAGAUGUGCGGGCGAGAAGAGAAGACGCAAGCUAG